AUGGGGGUUGUGGAGAUCGGUCGGGGUGUCAACGCGGAGUUGGAUGGGCUGAGCGGCAUGGUGACCGGCGCAACUCAGGUGCGUCUCGUUCUAAUCAAUGGCGUUGCAGGUAUCGGCCUGGAGACGGCCAAAGAGCUGGCGAGGCGCGGAGCCCGGGUGCUGUUGGCCUGCAGGGAUCCUGUGAAAGGGCAGCAGGCCUUAGUGGCCGUGCGUGUGGCCGCCACUGCCGGGGCGACGGUGGAGCUCCUGUCGCUGGACUUGGCUUCCUUCGAGUCUGUGCGUGCGUGCGCCUCCAAGGUGUUGGCCAAGGAGCAGCGUCUGGACAUUCUUGUCAACAACGCAGGGGGGCUGUAUUUUGGGACCAAACCGACCAUCGAUGGCUUGUUCCCGGAGAUACAGGUAAACCACUUGGGAUCUUUCCUACUGACUCUGUUGCUAAUAGACCUGAUGAAAAAGAGUGCGCCGUCUCGAGUGAUAUUUGUCUCAACCCUGCUACACCGCUUUGUCUCCAUGGACCCCGAGCAUCUUGAAUACACACGCGCCAGACAGCUUUUUAAGUGGCAAGUGCACUGCGUCAGCAAACUCGCCUCUGUCGUCACAGCGAAAGAGUUGGCUCGUCGUCUCAAGGAUACAGGGGUGACUGUAAACUCACUGCAUCCUGGGAUAACAAGAACAAACGUUUUCCGAUCACUACCUCUCUGUGGAGGACCCUUGGUGAACCUUUUCACCUCGAUCUUCUGCAAGGAGGCCCGCAUGUCGACCCAGGCUUUUGACUGGACAUUGGCCAAAGCAGUGUGGAAGAAGAGCGAGAAUUUGGUCGGCCUCCGAGACGACGAGCGACCCGUUCUUGCUGUUUGA